CUCGUGUGGUUCGCUGGCUUUUUAGCAACAUGUAUUUGAUCUCUGCUGUCGCUCGUUCGCGCUUCAAAUGGCUUGUUAUCUGCUUCCUAGUGAUGUUCAUAAUAGUUUACAUAUCAUACCAAAAUGACAGUAUAAAUCCAAAUCAUAAAAUAAACGACGAAAAAACGGUGAAACAAAUCAAUCUAGCGCCUUUACACAAUUUUGAAAUUCAAGGAUCUUUUCGCAGCAUGUUGAAUGAGUCAAUUAUAAAUAAUAUCGAUGUUGAUGAUGAUGUCAAAGAGGAGGACACGGAAAAGCCUUCCUUAUAUUAUGUUGAAAAUUCCAAGUGUAAAAUACCCUUCAUUGAUCCCUUUGCUGCGGAAGUUAUGGAGGAUUACAAGCCGGAAGUCUUUGAAACAUGCUCCAAUGAAUCGGAUCUUGUGAGGCCGAUUUUCGAUAUGAAUCGAAAGCGUUAUGUGCUCCAUAUAAAUGAAACUCUCGCAGCCGAAAAGCUCAACUCCAGCGAUAUCGAGUAUAAUUGUUAUUAUCAGGAAAUUACUCGGAAGGCUAAUCACGACAGCUAUAACGAUCUCCUGCCACAAAUCUACUUCAGCCAAGGAUACGUGGUACCUUUUCAUGUCCAGGGUAUGAUAUUGGCCUGCCAUGAGGCGGCCAACACCUCAAAUGUGCUUCAGAAAGAUGGAUACGCCUUGGUUCAAUACAAACCACUUCCAGCUUCGGAUCCAAAAAAGUCAACACCUCGAAAACCCAGCGUUAUAAUGUUCGGCAUAGACAGUAUGUCGAGGAUUAAUUUUAGACGAACUAUGCCCAAAGUUUUCAAGUUUCUCACGCGCCGUGGUUGGUAUGAAAUGCAGGGUUAUAAUAAAGUGGGAGAUAAUACAUUUCCCAAUCUGAUGGCUAUACUCAGUGGAUAUUUACCCGAUUCGGCGAAGGAGAAAGUCUGUGAUACGGAUAAUAAAGGCUGCUUCGAUCGAAUGCCAUUUAUCUGGAAGUUUCUUAAGGGUGCUGGAUAUUUGACCGCCUAUGGGGAGGACGAGUGUGGGAUAAAUACCUUCAACUAUGUAAAGCCGGGCUUUGUAGAGACACCUACUGACUACUACUACCGACCUUUUCUGAAAGCCUUCGAAAAUGAAAUGGACACGUGGAAAUGUGCUAGCUGUACACUGAAAUAUUGUAUUGGAAGACGGGUUCAAAGUAGUUAUGUCUAUGAUUAUGCCAAGGAGUUUGCGAAACGAUACAUCGAUGAACGACCGAUUUGGGGCCUCUUUUGGUCAAGUAGUUUUAGCCAUGACAGCUAUUCGAUGCCCUCAAAGAUGGAAAACUACAUUUUACAAUAUAUGCUAGACUUUAAGCAGGAUGGAGUGUUCGAACAAAGCAUUGUCGUAUUCUUUUCGGAUCAUGGAGCACGUUUCGGAACUUUAACGUCCUACAGCAGCGGAUUUCUGGAGGAACGUCUGCCCAUGAUGUUCAUUUAUCUGCCGCCUUGGUUCCGUGCCAAGUAUCCGGAAUAUGUCAAGGCCUUGGAGCUUAAUCGCAAUCGUCUAACAUCGAAUUAUGAUCUACAUAAUACACUGAAACACAUCAUAGAAAUUGGUGAAUUGCCAAAUUCACCGAAGUUGCCAAAAGCCAGCGAUUGUCCAACUUGUCAAUCAUUGUUCUAUCCGGUUAAGGAGAUUAGGACUUGUGCCGAAGCCGGAAUUUCGGAGCACUACUGCACUUGUCAGCCAUAUAAAAGGAUAUCAACCGAUUGGUCGAAACGUAUAGCCUAUGGUGUUAUCGAUCGCAUGAACGAUUAUCUUAGGGGUAGAAAUUUCAGUAGUCUCUGCGAGAAUCUCACUUUAAGUUAUGUACACAAGACGGAAAUUAAACUUCCAGCAAACAUCGGUUAUCACGAUGAACUUCCAACAAUCGAUGUGGCCUAUUAUCGCACCAAAUUCAAAGUGCGACAGAAUAGCGCCGAUUUCUUUGCUACAGUUCUAUAUAAUAAUGUAACAAACAACGUGGAUGUCGAUGUGGAGACCAUAAGCCGGACAAACUCCUACGAGGAGGACUCUUCUUGUAUUGUUGAUAAGCUUGCUAAAUUAUAUUGCAUAUGUCAGUCCCUUCUGAAGCCUUGAUAUUCAUUAUAAUUACUUCCUGCCCAUUAACGAAAUUAUCAAAUUUAAUUUUAUCGUAAGAGAGAAAAUAAACUGUUUAUAGUAUAAUUUCCAAAAAAAAAUAAUGAUAUGUUAACAUAGCUGAUAAAGUUGAUAAAUAGAAUUGCAUUUGUCGUUGCCUUCCAGACGUCUUGAUACUCAUCUUAAUUAAUGCACAAUUUCCGUUGUACAGUGUUUUUUGAAUAAA